AUGUCUGGUGGUAAAUCUGGUGGUAAAUCUGCUUCUGGUGCCAAGUCUCAAACUCGUUCUUCCAAGGCCGGUCUUCAAUUCCCUGUUGGUCGUAUUCAUCGUCACUUGCGUCGUGGUAAUUAUGCUCAACGUGUUGGUGCUGGUGCUCCCGUUUAUUUGGCUGCUGUUCUUGAAUACUUGACCGCUGAAAUUCUCGAAUUGGCUGGUAAUGCUGCUCGUGAUAAUAAGAAGUCUCGUAUUAUUCCUCGUCACUUACAAUUGGCUAUCCGUAACGAUGAAGAACUUAACAAAUUACUUGGUCAAGUCACGAUUGCUCAAGGUGGUGUUCUUCCUAAUAUUCAUGCUACUCUCUUACCUGCUAAGACCAAGAAGGAUGUUGCUGCUCAAUAAUUUUUCUUUUUUUUUUGAAUGUAUUACUUAUAUGUUUCUUCCAUUUUACCCCC